CAAACAUUUGCAUAUAUUACGUCUAUGAUUGCUGGUCCAUUAAUACAUUCUCUUCUCCGUUUAGCAAUUAACAUACUCAAUCAAACAAAAUAUAUGGCUUCAUGUAAAAUUUUAUUUCUCUCUAUCCUUGCUAGCUUCUUUUUGUUUGCAAUUAUGAAGGCACAAGACACUCCUUAUUAUGUAGAUAAAUAUUGUAACACAAUCGAUACCACACCCAAAAGCACCUUCGAAGACAAUCUCAAAACCCUCUUCUCUUCCUUAUCAUCGAAAGCCAUCAGCAACACCGAAUUCUUCAACACCACAGGAACUGGUGUAAACCCCUUUGAUUCUGCCUAUGGACUCUUCAUGUGUAGAGGUGAUGUACCCUCUCAGCUCUGUCAUCAAUGCAUAGUUAAUGCAACCACAACACUAUCUUCAGAGUGCUCUUUGUCUAAACAAGCUGUGAUUUGGUACGACGAGUGCAUGGUUCGAUACUCCAAUACCUCUUUCUUUUCUACGAUUGAAACAACUCGUGGUGUUUUUAUAUGGAACCCAGGUAAUGUCACAAAAUCAAAAAGUUCCAUUCUUUUGUUAUUCUCAACCAUGAAUCAAACUGCAAAUGAAGCAGCAAGUCACAAGAACAAGAAGUUUGCCACAAAUGAAACAUUGAUUUUUGGAUCUCAAAACCUUUACACUCUAGCUCAGUGCACACCAGACUUGUCUUCUAAUGAUUGCAGAAGCUGUCUCAAUAAAGUGAUUAGAGAACUUCCAUGUUGUGAUGGAAAUCUAGGUGGAAGAAUUAUAUAUCCUAGUUGUAAUGUUAGGUAUGAACUAUAUCCUUUUUAUAGGACUACAAAUUCUGAUGCACUUUUUCCUCGAACAAAUCAUUCCAAACAAGAUUCAGGGUUUACACAAGAUCCAUUUUAUCUUUCCCAUAAUUGCUCAAGUAAUUACCAUUACUUACCUCAAGUUAAUUAUUUUCAAAUAUAUCUCAAACCUCUCUUCUUUUCUUUGUCUUCCAACGCUGCCAAUGGAAAUAUAUUUUAUGAAGAUCAUGUUGAAUACUUGGUGUAUGGACAAUUCAUGUGUCGAGGUGACCUUCCACCUCGACUAUGUGUUCAAUGCUUAAAAAACGCAACAGAUCGAUUAUCUUCAAACUCAACGUGUCGCUCUUCUCCCAAGGGUAUAAUGUAUAGUCACUGCUUGCUUCGCUAUUCGGAUUAUGAUUUCUCGAAAAUAGGAACAAGUCCUAUUUAUCGCGAUAUAAAUAUUUCAACAUCGAAACGAAACUCAUUCACUUAUAUAUUGUCGAAUCAUUUAUCCAAACUUGCGCUUGACACAGGAAUAAAUAGUGAAAAAUAUAUGACCAAGUCAUAUAAGUUGAAUGAAAUACAAAAUUUGUAUAUUCUUCAACAAUGUACACAAGAUUUGGCUAAGAAAGAUUGUGUUUCGUGUCUAAAUCAUAUUAUUAGUACAGCAAUUCCAUGGUCCAAAUUGGGAAGUGUUGGGGGAAGAGUUUUAUAUCCUAGCUGCAAUUUGAGGUUUGAACUGUUCAAAUUUUAUGGUGAUGAUUAUGGCGCCAACAAAAGUACUUUCACAUCGUCACCACGAGAUGCAGCAAAGCGAAAAACAAUUGUGUUCAUUGUUGUGCCUAUAAUUAUUUUGGUGAUGCUCUUUUCUAUUGGAUACUAUUUGCUAAAGAGAAUGGGAAUAAAGAGUAGAAGGACUAUUCUUCGAGAAAAUUUUGGUGAAGAAAGUGUCACUUUAGAACCAUUGCAAUUCGAUUGGGCAGUAAUUGAAGAAGCAACCAACAAUUUUUCUAAAGACAAUUACAUUGGCAAAGGCGGUUUUGGAGAGGUAUACAAGGGUAUCCUUUUUUAUGGACAAGAAAUAGCUGUAAAGAGACUUUCAAGAUGUUCGAAGCAAGGCGUAGAGGAAUUCAAGAAUGAAGUUUUAUUGAUAGCUAAACUUCAACAUAGAAAUUUGGUGACAUUUAUUGGUUUUUGCCUUGAAGAACAAGAGAAAAUACUUAUUUAUGAAUAUGUGACAAACAAAAGUCUUGAUUACUUUUUAUUUGAUUCUCAACGACAAAAGUUGUUAAGUUGGGUUGAACGCUUUAACAUCAUAGGAGGAAUUGCUCGAGGAAUUCUUUAUUUACAUGAACAUUCUCGACUCAAAGUUAUACAUCGUGAUUUCAAACCUAGUAAUAUUUUAUUAGAUGAAAAUAUGAUUCCAAAAAUUGCAGAUUUUGGUUUGGCACGAAUUGUUGAAAUAAGUCAAGACCAAGGAAGUACAAAUAGAAUUGUAGGAACAUAUGGUUAUAUGUCUUCAGAAUAUGCAAUGCUUGGACAAUUUUCUGAAAAAUCAGACAAUUUUAGCUUUGGAGUCAUGCUUUUAGAGAUUAUUACCGGAAAGAAGAAUGCAAGUUCAUACACACCACAACGUUUUGUUGAUGGACUCUUGAACAAUGUGAUUUGGAUAGAAUGGAGGGAUCGAACACCUUUAAGUAUAUUAGACCCAAACAUUAAAGAAGAUUAUUCUAAAAGUGAAGUAAUUAAAUGUAUUCAAAUUGGCUUAUUAUGUGUUCAACAUGACCCAAAUACUAGACCUUCAAUGGUGACAAUUGCUUCCUAUCUAAGCAGUUAUUCAAUUGAAUUACCAACUCCACAAGAACCAGCAUUUUUCUUGCAUGGUAAAACUCAUUCAAAAGCUCUUCCACAAGAAUCAAGUUCUACUCAAUCUGCCAAUAGUUGUGCAUCUAUCUAUGAAAUGCCUACAAGUAACUUUCUACGUCGAUAGUUAAUUAAAUUUUAUUUUAAUUAUAUUAUUGUUAUUUAUUGUGAACAAUAUAUGCUUUAGUUUCAAUUAAUAAUGAAGUAAAUUUUAGCA